AUGUGGAGACUUUGGAUAACCAGAAAUGAUUUUAUUUUUCAGAAGAUAUCAAGACUACCAGAAGAGGUGGCAAAGAAAGGAAAACAUGAUGCUUGUGAAUGGUUUGAGGCCAAUUAUAAAGAAGAUAAUGAAGAAACAGUCUUCCAAAUUUCUGAUGUCCAAAACAGAGGCUCUGAUCGUUGCAGUAGAUGGUCACCACCCCCAAGAGGCUGGCUCAAAUGCAAUUUCGAUAGCGGUUAUCUGCAGAACCGAUCCUUUACAAAUACAGGCUGGUUAUUCAGAGAUAGUGAUGGAAAAGUUAUAUUAUCUGGCUGUGCAAAACUACAGCCAUCUCACUCCUCAUUGCAAGCAGAGGCGCUAGGCUUUCUACAUGUUUUACAAAUAGCAUGGGCACAAGGAUUACGAUAUAUCUGGUUUGAAAGUGACAAUAAAGAACUGAUCACUCUCAUCAAUAAUGGGAACGGCCGUUUGAACCUGGGAACAUUAUUAUUUGAUAUUAGACAUUGGAUGGCCAAACUUCCGGAAUCUUCCACUGGUUUGGUUGAUCAACAAUUUGUAUCCCCAUUUACAAUCUAA